GCGUGGGUUUGAGUCUUAAAAUUGGCCUGUCUCCUUGCCAUAGAAAGUGUAAUUCGAGAGAGACAUGGCACAAAUACUGUCCGAACGAACGGUGAGAUGCUCUGAGCACAUGCUCUGGGAGAAAACUGUGCCGCAGUGAGCAACCAAUUUGAUCUGAUCAGCGCUUUUACUCCGCACCCGGACACCGCUCAACAGAGGAACUGCCCCCCCAGCGGRGUGCUGCGCAUAGGGGGCGAUGCAAUGGGGGCGAUGCUGUGAUGUGGAGGUCACACUUCUCUGACUUCAUUCUGCUUUUCAAACGAUAAAUAACCGUAAUACAUGCGCAAUAAACAGCUACUGGAUCGACUAGCCUACGAUUACAGUGGUCACAGCUGCUCACCUGACAGUUGCAUGUGAUGGGUAUUUUGAGUGAUUAGAGAGAAACAGGGAACUAUCCUUGCCCGACAACCGUGAGUGUUCAUCGUAGCARUUCUACCUACCACGAGUWSUACAGCCURCACUGUAACCAAUUYGAUCAGUUGAUGAAACAAAGUCGCAAUAAACGAAGGCUUUACCGAAACUGCAUAUGAUAGCAAUUAAUUACAAUUGUAAUGUAUUAAUGCAACAUUUCAAUUGGCUGUUUGGCUGGCUGGCUUGAYUAAUGAUAAGAUGAGCCGUAUUAAAUCACGCAGUGGCACCAUUGCGACUGUUUUAAGAGUUAUUGUCGUUAUUAAUUGCCGUUUUAUAMAUAUGCUAGAUAUCUCAAGUGAGAUUGGUUUAAGGGAUUGCAUAGCUGCCUAACUGCGUCAGUACAUGCGAACGUUGCAGGUAGCCUAUGCACACCCUCACUGCUGGGGAAGGACCAUGAAAGCAGUAGCCUCUGAAUCUCACCGAUAACUGUCUAAAUAUUUCCCGGGGAUGGAUUCCGGGGAGGACUCGGGCUCGGACGCGCCACUUGGAUCGACAUUCUCCUCGGUUCCCAAUUUAGACUCUGACACCAACGCCAACAUCCGUAUCUAUGAGAACGGUGAAGAGCGGAAUGUUGACAACAUGGAAACUGCGGCGCUAAGAGGGGCAAGCGACCCGAGCGCGUACCCCUUGUCGGAUUACCGGGGACUGGUCCGUCAGAGGUUUAUUCGCAGAAGUUUGUGGUUUUCCGACGCGGACGACCAAGCKUUGGACGCGCCAGAAUGCGUCAACAGUACUCCAAUGCUCAGCGUCCACCUGCGCACCAUCGUGGACCGAACCCGCGCGCUCGGACCUCGCGUGGCUUUCCAGGUCCAGGAGAGCUCGAGCACCGAGAGCCAAGUGGGGCAGAAGGACAGUGCGACUGAGAGUGUGAGCGCGGAUGAAGAGAAGGAGAGGAGCGAGGCCGAGACAAAACCAGACGAUGCAGCUGCACCGUCGCCUGAUACCACCGAGAAAGCGGGGAUUGACGAGAACGAGGAUGAGAACGAGAUAAAAGCYGUGUCCACCUCACCCGGGGGCCGGUUUCUCAAGUUCGAUACUGAGAUCGGGAGAGGGUCAUUUAAGACCGUCUACAAGGGUCUGGACACAGACACCUGGGUAGAAGUUGCUUGGUGUGAACUCCAGGACCGUAAGCUGACCAAAGCAGAGCGUCAGAGGUUUAAGGAGGAGGCAGAGAUGUUGAAGGGUCUUCAGCACCCCAACAUUGUACGUUUCUACGACUUCUGGGAGUCACCGGUCAAAGGGAGGAAGUGCAUCGUUCUGGUGACAGAGCUCAUGACCUCAGGGACACUAAAAACGUAUCUGAAGCGGUUUAAGGUGAUGAAGCCUAAGGUUCUGAGGAGCUGGUGUAGACAGAUCCUGAAGGGGCUCCACUUCCUCCACACCAGGGACCCUCCCAUCAUCCACAGGGACCUGAAGUGUGACAACAUCUUCAUCACCGGCCCCACCGGCUCCGUCAAGAUCGGGGACCUGGGAUUGGCUACCCUCAAGAGGGCCUCCUUUGCCAAGAGUGUCAUUGGCACCCCAGAGUUUAUGGCCCCUGAGAUGUAUGAGGAGCACUAUGACGAGGCGGUGGACGUCUAUGCCUUUGGCAUGUGUAUGUUGGAGAUGGCCACCUCAGAAUACCCUUACUCCGAGUGCCAGAACGCCGCUCAGAUCUACCGCAAAGUCACCAGCGGGGUGAAGCCUGCCAGCUAUGAUAAGAUCAGUGACCCAGAGAUUAAGGAGAUCAUCGGGGAGUGUAUCUGCCAUCGGCGGGAAGAGAGGUACAGCAUAAAGGACCUCUUGAACCAUGCCUUCUUUGCCGAGGACACAGGCGUGAGGGUGGAGCUGGCCGAAGAGGACGAUGGGAAAAAGAGUUCCAUCGCCCUGAAGGUGUGGGUGGAGGACCCCAAGAAGCUGAAGGGGAAGUACAAAGACAGUGGUGCCAUCGAGUUCACCUUUGACCUGGAGAAAGAGACCCCAGAGGGCGUGGCCCAGGAGAUGGUAGAUUCAGGCUUCUUCCUGGACAGCGAUGUGAAGAUUGUAGGAAAGUCCAUCAAGGAUCGAGUGGCUCUCAUCAAAUGGAGGAGGGAGCGAACCGUCCCUGCAGUCGAGACCCAGACCCUGCUACAGGUGCCCAGCAUGGGGGUACCACGACAGGGGGCGCAACUGGCCCCAGCAGAGCCAGAGGAGGCAGAAGCCGACCAGCCCCUUACCCUGAUCUGCAGCCUGCCCGCCCACGCCACCUCGACCACAUCUGAUGGUGCAGUGGGCCUUAUGGUGCUGUCAAAUGUUAAAAACGGUCAGCCCAGUGCCCCAUACCAGUCCAUCCCAGAGCCCAUCUCUACACCCCAGGUGGUCUACAGCCCCCCUGUGCAGCCCCAGGCCCAGCUGCACCAGGGAGCCUACCAGAAGCCCACUGCACAGCCUCCCCAAGUGGCCUACCCCUUAGCUACUACCACACAGCUUCAUCAGGUACCCUACCAGCAAGCUACCACUCAGCUGCACCACGGGGCCUACCAGCAACCUAAAGCACAGCUUCACCAGGGGGACUACCAGUCUCCACCUCCCAGUGCAGGGUGGAUCCAGGCCCAGGCCCAGGCUCAGCCAGCCUCUGCUCCAGCCACCCCAGGGCCUCCGAUACAUCAGAGCGGCCCCACGGCCCCACAGAGCUUCCCAGCUGCUGCCCCUCUCACCACUGUACAGGCACAGGCGCAGCCUGCUGUUACAGCCCAGCCCAGCCACGAGUUGUCUGCCAGCCAGCCUCUACCUCAGCAGUGCUCUGACAUCACCAUCAGUCUUGCCCAAUCAGCUGCCUGCCUGGGCAGCAAUGCUUCUACCCCUCUACAGCAGCCUUCCCAGGCCACGCCCCCUCUCCAGCCACUGCAGAUCAGCACACAGGUCCAGUCUGGUGGCCCUCAGGACCCCCAUGGAGAGGCUCAGGUGUCGGCCCCUGCUCCGCUCCACCCCGUCCAGCCUGCCAUCCUCUCCCCACCCUGGAGGGCCGAGGUGGUGGACCCCGAACCUGCUGCUGCAGCCGGGUCUGACCAGACUGUCCCUGAGAGCCCAGCCCGGGUCCCACGCCUGGCCCCGGUUCCAGCUGCAGCCCUGAAGCCCGCUGGCAUCCAGAUAGCAGCCCCAGUGCCUGACGGUUUCAGCUUGUCCACGACUCAGCAGAACCUGGACACUGCAUCUAUGUCCACCUCUUACCAACCUGAGACCAGCCAAGAGGAGCCACUGCAAGAGAAACCCAUGGCGUUUCACAGUUACCCAGGCUAUGACAGCUUCAACUCAGACGUGGCGUCGGGUAAGGAGAUGAGUGAUGGCUGCGAUGGCUCGGCCAGCGGCGGGAAGGGAGACGGGAAGACCCGGAAACACCACCGCAAAUCGGCCCGCACACGCUCCCGCCAGGAGAAGACCAACAAGCCCAAACUGAGCAUGCUCAAUGUGUGCAACACAGGCGAUAAGAUGGUGGAAUGCCAGCUGGAGACUCACAAUCACAAAAUGGUGACCUUCAAGUUCGACCUGGACGGAGAUGCUCCGGAGGAGAUAGCCAUUUACAUGGUGGAGAAUGGCUUCAUCCUGCCCAUAGAGAAGGAGAUGUUCAUUGACCAGCUAAAAGACAUCGUGGACAAGGCUGAGGACAUGCUGAGUGAGAACAUGGAGGGAGAGACGGCCUCCGCCCUGGGGGGCAGUCCCCAACUGGGACACAGCUCUGGGGGGCUGGGGGGAGAGAUUCAGCAGCCCGGAGCACACCAUCCUGCUUAUCAGCAGAAUGUGCUCCACACAGGGAAGAGAUGGUUCAUCAUCUGCCCAGUGGAGGAGCAUCCCACCUCCAGCCAGGAUGGAACUACAAACAUAACUGCUGAUGGGACUACAACUGCUCAGCCUGACAGGACUACAAUUGCACAGCCUGAUGGGAUUACGGUGCCUGGCCAGUCUGCUGAAGGUGGCACUGCAGGGACUGCUUCAGGCAGAGUAUCAGCGUCGUCCUCCAUAGCUAACUCAGUUUCUGGGGGGAGUGGAGGCUUUGCCUACGAGGGUUAUGGCCUCUGUAGCCCUCCCAUACUGUCCUCCACAGACCCUCUCCUCCUGGCCAUGUCCCAUGUCCCAGCCCCCUCUGGCCCCCCAUCUGUCCACCCAGGACCUCCUCCAGAGGGCCAGACCCACAGUUCUACCCUUCCCAGGGUGCAUCACACCCAGCCAGCCUCGGCUCCUCCAGUGGCCCCCUCUGGAGGUCGCCGCAGCUUCCUGUCCGGAGAGGAGCACCAGGGAGGAGGGCGUCUGGGUGCCAUCUCUCCCAUCCACGCUGCCCAGCAGAUGGCAGAGAUGGCGUGCACUGCCUCCAUGGUGGAGGAGGUGCCCUGUUGCCCGCUGGUCAUGCCCCUGUCCCUGAACGUGAGUUGUGAUGCCCAAGGGAGCUCAACUCCCCUCACCCCUCUGCCCCCCCAGGACCCCCCUACUUCCUCAGCCAGAGAGUCCCUACAACUCUCCUACCCCUCUGUUUCCCGCGGCGACCGCUCCCAGCAGCCCGUGGUGCUCCAUCAGCCUUUCUCUUCAGUGGGCGGAGCCAAGGCCCCCUCGUUACCCCAGAGCCCGGCUCCCCACCAGCACACGGCAGGGGGGCCCAGUGAGUCGGACGGGGAGGGUCGAGGGGUGGGGGGUCGGGGGGGCUUUGUGGACAGCACCAUCAAGACUCUGGAUGAGAAGCUGAGGAACCUGCUGUACCAGGAGUACGCUCCCAUGUACCCAUCAGGCACUGCUGCGGAGACACCCGGCUCGGGGACAGAGUACGUCCAGUCCCCUCCUGGGCCCGACAGUGCCACCCUGGGGUCAGGAAACAGCACACCUGGACCCAUGGGGGAAGGGCGCUACCGGACAGGGGAACAGCUGCCUCAGAUCCCAGAGAGGAUGGACAGUUUAAGCGCGUUGAGUGAUUCUGCCAUGUGUGCCCCCAUGUCUAGGAGAAAGAACAUACUUCACUCUACCUCCUGCUCUGGUUCGGGCUCCAGUGGCCGGUCUAAGAUGAUCAUAGGCCCUCCUGACAUGGUGACGCGAGGAGAGCUGAAGCAGAGGAGUUGGAGCAGCGCUGCCUCCCCAGCACAUCCUGCUGGCCACUCAGACCACCGCAGCAGUGCCCAGGCAAUGGCCAUGGCCCCCUCCACCACCAUCGGACGCUUCUCCGUGGUCAGCACCGAGGACGAGGUCACCCUGAGGACCCGCAGCAGCCGCUACUCUGCGCCGCCCGACUUCUACCUGGAUACACCCCCCUCCAUGGCCAAACGGGCGUCACUGCCGCGCGCCUCCACUACCACUUCCAUGUCUGUCGAUGUUACGGUCCACGCACACCCACGCUUCCUGUCGUCAGACUCGGGGGCGGAGAGUAGUCCCGCCAAGCUGGCCCCGGCCACACCUUCACGGCACGGCCACUCGGGGGAGCGGAGAGGAAGUGACCUCAUGAAGAGGGCGGUGGCCUUCCUGCGCCGUUCGGGCCGUCGCAGUAGUAGUGUGCAGAGCUCUGAUUCGCCGAGCCGGCAGGGGGGCGUGCACGGCUCGGCCUAUGUCAGUAGUGACAACGACUCCGAGAUGGAGGACUCGGAUAUGAAGAGAGAGCUGACCAGACUCAAGGAGAAGCAUUUGAAGGAGAUUUCGGAGCUGCAGUCCCACCAGAGAGGGGAAAUAGAGCUGCUGUACCGAAGGCUGGGUAAAGCCACUCCACCCCCACUAGGUUUCUCCCACACAGCUCCCCCCAAGCGGAAGAGCAAGCACAAGCACAAACUGAAGGCUGGCAAACUCCUCAGUCCUCUGGUACAACAGCUGAGGAACGUCACCACCAAAACCAGUGAUUCUAGCAAAACCAGUGAGCCUACAGUGAGUCUGAACGGGUCUCCGGCAAAAGCUCCAGUUCAGUCAGACAGCAAAGCCCAUUCAGGUACCAGUCACCUGGCUACCUCCAUCUCUGAGCCCGUCCAGACCCAGCAGCCCUGCUCCCUCAAGGGUUCCCUCUCCUCAGACAACAUUUACGCUGGAGCUGGACUACACGGAGAGGGGACAGGUCCACAGACUCCACCAAGCCAAGGGUCAACUCUGAAACGGCUCUGCCUUGGUAAAGAGCGUGGUAGGGGGACUGGAUCAGGCUCAGGUGCAUCCAACCAGCCGUCCCAGCAACAGACAGCCAGCUCCACCCCUCCUCCCCACCAGCCAAUAGCAGGGUUGGCCCAAGCCCAGGCCAACAACAGCAACAACAAGACAGGCACCUUCACUGGCGCUUACCCUGGCGCCUACAUAGGCUCCUAUGCAGGGUCCUUCACAGACGACCUCCACAGACUGGUGGAUGACUGGGCCAUGGAGGCCCUGGCUGUCUCCUGGCGGCCACGGCCCAGUUCCCUCAGCUUCAGUGGGCAGCCUCGUUGGAACGACGACCCCAUGGGGCCCAGAACCAGAGCCAGACUGGCCAGCGCUCCAGAUGCACCUGCCAGGACAGCCCCUGGCUGUGAAGGCCCCCAGCUCUCCCUGUCAUGGCCGAUGAUUGACAGCCAGGCCCAGGGGUCAGUGAUGAGGACCAGCUCCCCGGGACAGGCAGGGUUCCAUCCUAGCUAUAUGGUGGCCCAUCCAGCCCCAGACCUGUUUGGGGGGCUGCCACCUUCGCCUCUCUCACCCUUCUGUGUAAGCCAGUGGCCUGAGCUGCUGUCCUCCUUGGGUUCAGGGGUGUUUGCUUUCUCKAUCGUGCCCCCAGCCUGGGGCACCCCGACUUCCGCCCCUGCUCCACCCUACGAGCCCCCCGACCCCAAAACCAGGACCCUCUAAUCCUCUAACCCUUGUAGCAUCAUGUCUUCCAACUAUGUUACCAAAAAAUAAGUCAUAUGUAGUUAGAGCUGUGGUCAACUCUACGCACAGUAUGUAAACUGUAUAUAUUUAACCAGCAUGUAUGUAUAUAGUAAGCAUUUGUAUAUAUAGCCCAUAUAUGUUAUCAAUGUGUGUGACAUUAUCAACCUCAAUUUACAUACCUCAUAUGUAUGUACAUAAGGGACAUAUGUAUAUUUUAUCACCUGUGUGAAUGUGCUGUAGUGUAUAUAAGGUGUGUAAUACAUUCAUUAUAUUUGCAUAAUCCAUUCGUUGUAUAAUCCAACAUUUGUUUGUGCAUAUAAGCUUUCUGUGUAUUGAAAUGAUCUAUUUCUAUAUCAUUCAUUCCUACUGUAAGUCUUUGUACAUAAACGGUUCAUGUUUGUGUGUUUAUCACCCAUAUGUGUGUAUGUGUACCCCUGUGUGUGUGUGUGUUUUUGUGAGACAUGUUGGACACACACUGUUAUCCAUAUGUACAGUAGGGGCUGCAGGGCUCUGUCCUAACCCAGAAGAGAGCCAUUCACCAUCUUGCCGUCACUGUGAAGCCUUGUCACCCUGGUUACCAGCCUGGUCACAAGCCUUGUUACCCAGGUCACCAGCUGUGUCACCCUGGCUAACAGCCUGGUGACACUGUUGGUUUCCCUGGUUACUAGCCGUGUCACCCUGGUUACCAGGACCGUCUGSUUUAUUACUCUGAUAUUUAUGUUGUAAUAUACUUCCUUCAUUCUCAUUGAAACUCUUACAACGCUAGUGCUUGAARUAGUCCUAAGAAAUGUGGAAGAACUUGAACUUAACCUGCAGGAGAAAUAUCCUGCAAGAGUGCCUUGAACAGUAGUWUCAGUUAAUUCUAACACAAGCAUGAGGCCGUUUGACUUAAGUUAGGAUAAUGGGGUCAUAUUAUGUUUGUGGUUUUGUCUUUAAAAAGGUACUAGGUAUAUUUGUGUGAAUGUUAUAUUUAGGGGGAAAAAAACAGGUUGGUUAUAUUCAGGUUGCCAAUUUAGAAUGUUGGCAGUAUGACCAAGUUAUUGGUUGUUUUGUGAAUAUUAUAAUAACAUUAUCUAAUGUAGUACUGUAAGAUUCACACAGUGCACUGAGGCUAUGUGUUGGCCUCUUUGUACAGAGGCUUCUACAAAGCAGUAGCUAUACGAUUUUGCUCCACUGACCACGGCCUGCAUGAACACACACGAAAGCUUGCACAGGAUAAGUGCAAGAGUUAGGGGCAUUCUCCGGGKGAUAGCUAGUGUUACUUGGCGGUCACAAAACAGUGGAUAUUUCAUACUGUACUGUAUGCGUAGAACUAAAGGGUUUCUCGGUAUGUACAUUCCUAUAGUAUGCCUUAUUGUAGGUUUGGAUCAUUCACCUGUGUGGUUUCAGUAUUAAGGGGGUCAUUCCACGAAUAGUGCCUUUCAUGGCCUUGUGACAUUGUGUGUGUGUGUACAUUUUUAUAAAACACGUAAUUUAACAGUUGGUUCACAUACUUUUCCGCUCCUACUAAGCUAAACACGCAAUUUAACAGUUGGUUCACACAAGUCCAAUAGUAGCAUGUUUUCAUGAAAGUAAAUACGUUGUUUCCUCUGAAAAUUCCCAUUUUGGCAUGUCCCACAUCAUGUUUGACAAUUUUAACCCACUUCACCACAAAACAGUCCCAAAGUUUUCACCAUCAUUGUAAAGCCGUAGUUAUUUUCUUGCUUUGACCAAGUACCAAUGGGUCCCUCAGGUUUAAGGUCAGCCCUGUUACAUGAACUGAACUCUCCUUUAAAAAGAAAAAUGUAACAUCUAAUAGUCAAACAUAGUGUAAAAGCAGGUGAGCUGGUUCCCCUCUUUUUGUCCAUUUCCAGUGUUUUGUGGUGGAAAACUGAGCGAGUCGAUCAUAACACGUCAGCCUCGUUACCCCUAGACAGAUAGGCUACACAUUWGUUAACAAGUUCACAUUUUUGGUUAACCUUGCAUUGAAUUGCGCCUCUCUGUUCCAUACCUCCUGAGUUAUGGCUUAAUUAAGAUGAAAUCGCCGACGCUUUUACUUUAAUUGGCACUUUUACAGCCAUUUCUUCUCUGAGAUUGGAAAACGUGUUUUUAUGUAGUUUAACAUUUCCUCUUUAUGACAGAAAUAAAUAUAUAUAUUUCUUUGUAUUAUUACACUACUGACAAGGCACUCUAUUCKUGGAAUGACACAAGUAUGGGUUUUGUUCAUUUUGUUUAGGGUUAAUGCACAGUACCGUAUGACAUAUAUGAAUGUUAGAGGCCGGUAUGAUAUAUAAUGAUUUGUAAUCUAUUGCAUGACCUUAACAAGUUGACUCGUCUAAAGCCCAUGUAGUAACCAACGGAUAAAAUGUGCAUUUCAUACAGUAUCUGUGGAGGUUGUUGGUUAAAAAAGUCAAUGUUCAAUAAGGAGUUAGAUCAUUGAUGUAAGAUCAGUCAUAAGCUGUAUUAUAAGGAUAACAAGUAUACACUUAUACAGUAACUAAUGUAGUGCUGUGUGUUGAUGACAGAGACGGGGCUAUGUCUUCUAACUGCACAGUUCUUCCACUUUAGUCUUCUGAGAUGAUCAGAAUCACAAGACCAGCCUAGUGUGUAUCAAUCAAUACUUCUUUCAUUUUGGUUUUGUGUUGUAUGACGCAAUCAUUUAAAUCCAGUAUAACACACAUCAUCUUGUACAAUAAUAUCUAUCAACAAAGUUCAGAAAUCACAUGACCCAAACAAUCCCAGCAAACGCUCCAUACCCGGAAUGUGRGAUAAAUAGUGUCUGUCACUACUACACGCAUUCAGCCAAUAGCUUCCUUUGCCAACCAGUUGGCAAUUCUUGGAUAUAAAUCAUUUACUUGUUAUGGUUUGAAGCCCUUUCCUAACUGUAYAGUCGUUCAGUCAGUUCAGUUUGAAUUGAACUUUUGUAGACGAAUAGUGCAGAAUGUUCUGCUCUGAAUCCAAUCUUCCAUCCCAUGCAAAGCGAGACUUGUGUUCUCUGUAAACAGCAUCUGGCCUAUGCAGCUAUUGACAGGACUCAUCAUGCGCUCACUAUACACAGCAAGGCUUUCUCUGAACUCUGAUCUGUGACGCUUGCACUAGAAGCUCUGCUCUCUGUACGAUUGCUUUUGCCUAGCUUAUACUCUCCCUGCACUUUCCUGACACACUGGUCAGUAAGCGCUCAUCUCGCUCACAAAGAUUGUACAUAUUUGAAGACAGAAAUAAAUAAUAAACUUGUUUUUGCUUGACAA